CUAUCAGAUGAUCCAUGUUUGACACGAUCGAGAAUCGAACUGUGAAUCGGCUUUGUUUUGCAAUGAAGGCGGACGAUCCUCCUUCCCUUCUGGCGCGCAAAGUUCACGAAUGCUUCACAGAUCAGAGGAAAAAUCUAUCGACGAUCGGGAUCUCGAAGCAAAGGAAUAAACACCCAAUAAAAAAAAUUUCGACUCGUCCGGCUAUGUUUCAACGUGUAUUUACAUCGAAUUUUCGCAAUGUAUCGCUGCUAUCUCGGCUGUGGAAUGGAUCCAACGGCGUACUUGCAGGUAAACAUGCUGAGCAGAAAAUGAUUUCCAUCCUAAGGGACAGAUUUCCACAAGCCCAGCUGAUUGAAGUUACCGAUGUAUCAGGAGGAUGUGGUGCUAUGUUUGACAUAAACGUAGUUGCUCCAGAAUUUAAAGGAUUAAAUACUGUAAAGCAGCAUCGAAUCAUUAACGAGGUUCUCAAGGAAGAAAUUAAAGAUAUGCAUGGUCUUCGAAUACGUACGAGUAUUCCACAACUUUGAAUGUUAUCUCGGAUAAUUGUAUGUUAAAUUAAUUUUAAAAGAAAAAUAUUUAACAUUCUGAUUUUAAAUCAAA